UGCCGCGCAGAGCACAAACGGCGACAAUUCAGCCUCUUUCAGUCCGACGCUCUUGAGUGCACUGCAACAGGAGCGAGAUUUAAUUUGGAAAAGUGAUUUAUGGAAAUCUGCAGAGAAAAAAAACGAAACAAAAAUCCAAAGUGACACUGGACAGAAUUAUAGGCUAACUGGACAAGGGCAAACUUGAGAAGUCACAAGUCCAGUCUUUCAUGCUUUUUUCCUUGUGUCUUUAUUUCCUCAACCUCGGCGCCCUUGUUUUUUGUUUGUUUUUAUUUGUUUGUUUCUCUAUCUUUGGAGUGCUGGCUGUGCUCUUUGGACUAUACCUGCGGUGAUGGGCCGGGCCGGGAGAUGAGCAGUGGGCGGUGUGGUGGUGCCAGGGGCGCAAGAGGAGGUCAGGACGCUUAGGCCACAUGGUGAGGUAGGGUUUCAUGUGUCCAGCCUUCCCUGUGUUCCUGUCCCCACCGACCCCCAUGCUCCCAGCAUCAGUGGGAUGUCCCAGGUGUGUCUCCUCUUGGCCUUGCUUAUGCUCUGCAGCUGCACAAAGGUCUCCUCUACUAACUCCCUGGAGCUUGUGAAGGAGCAGUGGAGCAGCUACAAAAACCAGUGCCUGGACGUCCUCAAUGCCACGCCCCCCACCACAGGGCUGGUGUGCAACAGGACCUUUGAUCUGUAUGCCUGCUGGCCUGAUGGACUCCCAGGAACCACUGUCAAUGUCUCCUGCCCAUGGUUCUUGCCAUGGUACCAUAAAGUUCAGCAGGGUCUGGUCUACAGAGUCUGCAAUGAAGAUGGUCAAUGGGCGCAAAAGAAUACCACGGAAUGUGAGGAUGACCCUGGUGAGCAGCAGUAUGGCCGCAUCCUCAGUCAGUUACGGAUCAUGUACACAGUGGGCUACUCGCUCUCCCUCGGGGCUCUUCUACUAGCGCUGGGAAUCCUCAUCACCUUCAGGAAGCUCCACUGUAUGAGGAACAACAUCCACAUGAACCUGUUUGCCUCCUUCAUCCUGAGAGCCGUGUCCAUACUGGUUAAAGACGCCCUGCUGACCCUCACACUGGACCCUGGAAGCAGCAGUGACAGCCGGAAACAAGCCUGGGUCAACAUACCGGCUGUGACAUGGUGCCGUGGUGCCAUGGUGAUGAUGCAGUACAGUGUGAUGGCCAACAACUAUUGGCUGUUGGUGGAGGGCAUCUACCUGCACAGCCUGCUAGUCAUCACCGUGUUCAGCGAGAGGAAGUACUUUUACAUUUACCUGGCCAUUGGCUGGGGUGCGCCACUCAUAUUCGUUCUGCCGUGGAUCACAGUGAAGUAUCUGUAUGAGAAUGAGGAGUGCUGGGAGAGGAAUAUUAACAUGGGAUAUUGGUGGAUCAUCCGUUCUCCUAUACUAUUUGCAUAUCUGAUUAACUUCUUCAUAUUCAUCCGAAUUAUCAAAAUCCUGAUGUCUAAACUUAGAGCGCAUCAGAUGAGAUACACCGACUACAAGUUCAGAUUAGCAAAGUCCACUCUGACUCUCAUCCCCCUGCUUGGGAUUCACGCCAUCCUCUUUACAUUCGUCAUUGACGAGUCCGUCCCAAAGUCCAUGCUGCGCCUCAUUCGCCUCUUCUGUGACCUACUGUUCAACUCUUUCCAGGGCCUGCUGGUGGCCAUCCUGUACUGCUUUGUCAACAAAGAGGUACAGUCGGAGAUGCUAAAAAAAUGGAAGCGGUGGAAGCUGGGUAAGGACAUUGAUGAGGAGUACCGCCACACCCACAGCCACACGCCGCACAUCAAGAGCGGCAGUGUCGCCACUGGCAAUCUGCCCUUUCUCCAUGACAACACCGCCAGUGACCACAGUGGUGACUCACCUCACUUUAACAAAGCUGACAGAGGCCCCUCCCGCUCGGCCGCAUCCGAGGAGAACCGCCGACUAGUCGUCUCCUACAGCAACGGGAUGGGGAAAGGCAGGUCCUCCAAGAGCAGACACACCCUGCAGUUCUCUUUCCUGCCACACAGAGGCACCGCAAGUCACGGCAGCUCUGCCACAGAGGACGUGUGUCUGGAGGAGACGGCGCAGUGCCACACAUACCCUCUGGAAAUAGGAGAGACUAGUGUCUGAGGACAACCUGCUCUGAGCCCUCGUCACGAAAACUUUCACUGACUGUGCUUAUCAUUGUUUCAGAUCAGUGUUUGUCAUGUGCCAACAAGACAACCUGAGUGGGAAGAGAAUGAGGGAGUAUAGCAUUACAGAAAAUACGGUUUAAACCUGCCCAGCUGCAAAUGAAUAUUUAUUGGUUUUGGGACCUUGAGCCUAAAAGCCUGUAUUAACUUCAGACAUCAGGAAUGAUUAAAAACAUUUAAAUGAAACGCUAGUGAUGUUUUGUGUGUGUGUGUGUGUGUGUGUUUGUGUGUGCAUUUCCACUGCGACACAACCCCUCUCACAUUUUUCCAUCUGUACUGCUGUUGCCGUCGUGAGUCAUGUUUGUAGUCUGUUAGUCUGUUUGCAGUAGUGGAUGCUCAUUUGUGGUACUCUCCUACAAAAACCUCUGUGACAAUGCUUGUUUGUUUUUUUUGCUGUUUCUCUACUGGUUAAAUUAAACUAAAUGUGGACUUCAACAUGCAUGAUUCUUGACGUCUUGUUCAUGGAACAAUAAAGGCAGAACUGAGAAAUUCA